ACAAAGAAAAAAAUGACGAAAGCCUCCCUUUGAAUCAGAAUAACUUUGAAACACACAGAGACACACAUAAGCUACUUGUUCUAGGGUUUUUGUCUAUCCCUUUUCUCCUCGCUCUAUCGAAUUGUUGCAGCGGUGUCGAAUUGUCUAUUCCCGAAUCUCUACUGACUUUGAUCGGGCGAUGGUGGAACUCUAAGUCGAUAGGACUGAACAUGGGAGUUGGAAAAUAACACAUGUGAUGAUCCUGUGCCCUAAUCCAUCAAGAGUGAAGUGAAGCUGAGUUUCCUUUUUCUCCCUGUCAGAAGAUAAUACUUGGAUAUUAAUUUAAGCUGCAAGAGAAAGUAGGUUCACUGUGAAGAUUGACGGGACUUUGAACUUAAGAUUUCUCAAUUGAGUCCCACUUGGGAAGAGUUUCAAGGUGCAAAUUUUCCUGAUGUUGAGGAUGCUGUGGGCAUAGAUAUUUUUGGGUUAUUGAUCUGGUUUGGAGAUGCAUGGUCAAGGGAAUUACACCACUCAGGUUGGGCGGGGUCCUUAUGCACCCCCACCUGCCUUUCAGCAACACCCUGCCGCUCCUCCUCCUCCUCCCCCUACUUCCCAUCAUGGCCCACCUGUUCCACAACCACAAGUUAUUCAACAAGGACGUCCAUCGUUUCAUUUUACACCAAGUAUCCUUCCGUAUCAGCAAGCCAUGCCCGGUGUUCCUCACCAAGUUCCAUCAGCUCCACUUGUAUCAAGCGGAAUGAGUUCUGCUCAAUCUUACUUAACUCAUUCCCAACAUCCGCAAGCGCAUGUAAGCACCCAAAGCUCUCAUUCCCACCCAACAUCUGAGCAAACUCUCCAGCCCUGGAGUCAAAAUGUACGUCAACUUCCUCCAACAGCACCUAUUCGGGGUCCAAGUGCAUAUCCACUGACAUCUUCACAAGGACGUGCUCUGGAAAGAGGUCCACCAAAUCAACCUGCAUCUCAUGCUCCCCCUCCCCAGCUGCCACCUUACUCAUCCAGUUCUAGUUUUUUGAUGUCUGAUCCAUUUGAAUCCUCUGUGCUUACAAUGCGGCAACAUUGCCAUCUACAACCGACAGGACCACUGCCACCUCCACCUCCACCUCCACUUCCACCUCCACCCUCUUCUCCUCCUGGAGUUCCACCUCAUCCACCUUCUUCACCCCCAUCAGAUGUCCUCUCAAAGAAUGGUGGAAGCUGCAGCUUGAAGGAGGAACCGUUAGAUGGGGAUAAUUCGAUGUUGGAAUGUCUAGCUCCAGUGAAGCCUGUGGAAGAUAGAAGUGUACCUCAAAUUGAAGUGCUUUGUCAGCAUACUGAGAAGAAUGGAAAUAAGGUGGAAUUAGCAGAUGCUGAUGUCACUCAUUCACCUGCUGAUUCCGAUAUGGAUAUGGAAGAUGACAUUACUCACCCUGAUGAGGAGAAGAAGAACUGCUCAUCUAACAAUUCAAAUGAUGAUCGCGUUUCAAUUUCUCAAGAAGAUUAUGCCAAAGAGAAGCUACAAGCUUUGCAGCAUGGUGGAGGGGAUGGACUUCCUAAGGUUGCUCUAGAUGAUGAAGCUGCAGUAUUGAAGGACCACAUAAGAGGCGUUGAAGUCCCUUCUGAUGAUGGAAAUGGACAAACUAAGCAGUCUUUUGACGUCAGUGUAAAAGAUUUUUCUUCCCAGCAUGAAAACUUAAGCGGACAGAGUGUAGCAGUAGUUCAGGCACAAAAUGGUUACGGGAAGCUUUCCAGUCAGCUUGUGGACGGUGCCAAUGCGUUCAAACUCCUACAGGGCUAUACUUCUGACAGUACUUCAGAAAAUGAGGGUGAUAAUCUUCUUAGAGAUGUUAGUCCUCCAUGUAUCAAAGAUGGAUCUCGAAAUUUUGAUGCUGAGAAGCGGUGUAAUUUUGGUUCAGAAUUCGGACUGGAGACAUUAUCGAAGUCCAACAAGCAUAUGCUCUCCAAGUCCAUGAUUGAUUCACCAAAAGAUGUCAUGCAAGGUGAUAAAACAUCUCCUUUGACGCGGAAAUUUGAGGAAUUUUCGGAUAAAAGCCAUAGAGGUCAAGAAUCUGUAAGCUUUGAUAUUGAUACAGCACUUCAACAAAAAGAUUCUUUGAGCAAAUACGAUGCUAAUAUGGGUCCUGAGGGUGCUAGUUUUCACAAGGCAGAUAUGAAGAAUGAUUCUGCUAAGGUGAAUGUAGAUGAGUUUGGAAGAUUGGUUAGAGAAGGUGUUAGUGACAGUGACACAAGUGAUUCACCCCGUUAUAGACGGAGGCAUGCUAAAAGAGCCAGAAAAAGGAGUAGAAGCCAAAGCAGAAGUCGAUCUCCUCCUGGUAGGAGGAGGAGGAGAAGCCCAUGGAAGAGAAAAGAGAGGCGUGACCGAUCUCGCAGCUUGUCUCCAAAUAGACGAAGAAGUAGGAGUAGGUCACCUGUUUUAAGGCGUGACCGUGAUGUCACUGGUGAUAAACUGAGAUGGGAUAAGGGUCAACUUCCAGAAUGCUUUGACUUUCUCCGAGGCAAGUGUUAUCGUGGUGCUACUUGUCGGUAUUCACACCAUGAUGACAAGAGUGAGAGAUUGAGAUACCAUAGGGGAAAACAGCAGUAUCGGGAUAUGCUGCCUGCUGUACGGAGUCCUGAUUUUCGUGAAGAGAGUAAGGUUCUCCCUGACAAAGAACCCAAGGAUAACGUGCGCAAGAUUUCUAAAGAUUUGCCUGGCCUGAAGGAAGUAAAAGUUGCCAAAGAACUGCCAGUUGUUUCUACCACCCACUCUGAUAAAUUAAAUUCUCUGGAAUCUGCUUCUCUUCUAGUUGCUGAUGUUGUAGCAAGUAAUCUUUCAGGUCAUUCUGCUCAUGACACGCCCUCAGGCAAAGAGAAUUCUUUCAUUGCACAAUCUCCAGCGCAGUAUUGUGAUAAGGUCCCGGAAAUUGUUGAUAAGCAAGGUAAACGGAUGGAUGAUUCUUUAAUCUCUGGAUCACCUUCAGUUGUGCACGCAACAGCAGCCACAUUAACCCAUGUUCCUGCAGAUAAACCUGAUGGAAAACAAGGUCCUACUGGUCAACUGCACUUUGUUGGAAAUCCUGUAACAAAACCUGAUUGUGCUGAAGGAGUCCCAUCUCAGUCUUUGAGUGAGUUGCCACAAUCAAUUGCUAAUCAUCCUUCCCACUUAGCCCCUCCUUUGCCUUCAGUCUCUCAAGUGAUGAAUACUCCUGCUGCUCAACCAAUAAUACAAGGUUACAACUUAGAGCCACCUACUUACUCAGCUUAUCAAGCGCCAGUUGCUUACCAGCAUUCUCAUUCUUCUGGGUCAUCAAACUAUUUAUCAAGCUCGGUUCUUCCACCUCCACUCCCACCACGUUCUUAUUUGUCUUUUAAUGUAACAACUAGAGAACACAACAUUCCUUCAGAAAACAUGCAAGAGUCUUUAUUGCCUCCACGGGAUGGUUUAUCUUCUUAUACAUCUGUGAGAGGACAGCCAACUGAAUUGCUUAAUCAUUCUCAGACUGCUCGGUAUCAGACAUAUGAUAGGACUCAUGAGCCUGAUCAAGUGCCACAUGUCAAUGACAAUUUUGGAUCAAGUAGUUUGCAUUUGAGCAAUCUAACGAGUCGACAGGGUGGUCCUCAUAUAAUUGGAGAAGAUUGCUUAACUGGACAUCCAGUACAGGGCAUGAAUCCUUUACAGUCAGUUGGUCAUGGUCAAACUAAUUCCUUACUGAUGCAGUCACCAUCAAAGGGAAUGCAUAGUUCUCUCGGUGGCAAUCUUCCUUCAGAUAGUAACUCUUCUCACAGUCGUUCUUACUUCCAACAGGCAGCCUACGGUCGACAGUAUUUUGUAGCUGGUAGUAUCUCUGCAGAACUUGUUGAGCCUGCAAAGUUGAGUUCUUCCACGGCUAGAACCACUCCAGAUUUUCCUGAGGGGAAUCAGCCAUCUUACAUGCGCGACUCUGUGGGAUCUAGAAUUGUAAAUCAUUUCAAUCCUUACGCAUCUACAUUUGAUCUGCCGCUGAGCUCCAAAUUCAGUUCAAAUGCUUUGACCCAAGACAAUGAUGCAACCAUCGGCACUAAAUAUGGUGCCCCAUUUGGUUUGGGUUCAGUCUCCGUCGACGGGCACAAGACUGGAAGUGUUGGCUCUAAAAAUAUGUUUUCCUCAUCGAGUUCUGGAUUGCCAGCUGCGAGUAUUUUGCCAAGGCUGGGUGGCAAUCAGUAUGAUCCACUCUUUGAUAGUAUUGAGCCAGCUUCAAAUUCAUUCAGUAGAGCUGAUUUUCUAAAACAUGAAGCUGUUGGUGAUUCUGAUAAUAUGCCGAGAUUCAGUGGAUCAGGAAGGGUGUUAAAUAUGGAAGGUACCGGGCAGCAUGAAGGAGGAACAGCAGCAUCAACCAAUGAUUCUCUUGAAAUUGAAGAAUGUGGAGAAACAGCUGAUGCGGAGAUAGGUGCUGUCUUGAAUGGAAGCUCUAGUAAUCCUAAUGAUACAACUGACUUAAAUGCAGGAGAAAUAGAGAUUGAUCAGGUUAAGGCUUCUGGGAAGAAGAAGAAGGGCAAGGACUCGAGAUCCAUGAAACUCUUUAAGAUUUCAAUUGCUACUUUUGUGAAGGAGGUCCUAAAGCCAUCAUGGCGCCAGGGCAAUAUGAGCAAGGAGGCAUUUAAGACCAUAGUCAAGAAAACUGUUGAUAAAGUAUCUGGAGCUAUGAAGAGUCACCAUAUACCCAGAUCCCAGUCAAAAAUAAAUCACUAUAUUGAUUCUUCCCGAGGAAAAUUAACUAAGCUUGUUAUGGGUUAUGUUGACAAGUACGUCAAGGUGUAAAUCUGACUUGAGUGAUGGAUCUGCUGUCAAGGACUCAACUUAGAUUUUCUGACUUCAAGAUUCAGAUGUUGAAAAUGAAUAUGCUCUUUGGAAGCGUCAUCUAAAGGAAAUUUGAUGGCUUCAGAUUGACUAGCAGAUCGAAGUGCAUUUGUCAAUAAAUUACAUCUCCAACAACGCCCAAGUAAAGCAUAAUGACAAAUUUCAAACGGGUGAUAUAUCAAUGUAAAUUAGCAGACGUUAUGAGGGAGUUGCAAAACAUAUUCAUUGUGCAUUCCUAUUGAGCUAGGUUUUCUCUGUUCUCGGUUAUACUUUCUCCAUAUAACUUUCCUUUUAUGGAGAUAUUUUGUUGAGUAAUAUAUAGCGUCUAUGCAGAAUCUCAGUUUAUAAUUUAAUGUCUAAUAUAUUCCAUCAACAAUGUUUCAAAUUGGAUCUCUAACUGAAAAUUUUCCAUCUAGAGUUUCCAGGUUGUCCGAUGCAAGACCUUAUUGUAUUUACAAUACCCAACAGCUUCAUAGAUUGUUUAUUUAUUGAACUUUUUGCAAUGCGAAGGCCUGCAAAAUGUUGCACCCAUACAUAAUCAAGGCAAAAUCUUGAUAGUGAUGAUCUUAGGUAAUUUUCAUUUUUGUCACCUUAGUGUAUUUAAGAUCUGAUGCCCUUUGCUGAAUCUUUCUUUCUGGUCAAAUUAUUAGGUUGAUGAUUGGGUGUAAGGAUCAGAAACUAACGAAAUUUCUGUUUGAUACUGUUGACAUGAUGCAUAUUAUUCUUAAUGUCUACUGCAGGAAACACUUGCCUCAGUUGUUUUGAGGCGGCUUUGAUAGAGUUAAAAUUUUGGUCUUUGCUUGUAAAUAAGUACCAUAUUUCCCACUGCUACUUGGACUCCAACCAGUCCCUCUUAAAAAUGAGGCAUAUUCUGAUACAUAUAGACCUCGACCAACACUUGCUACUUACUGACUGUUCUUAAUUGCAGCAUAAAACUUCUGUAAUGUGCAUUUGUCAAGGAUUAGAUUUUCCUGUUUGAAACGUAAGUAGUAUCCGGAGAUGGUGUAUGUACAAGACUCUGAUGAUGGAUGUAGCUCAGAGGUGGGCUCUUCAAGGUACAAUUUCAUACUUUCUAAUAUUUGAUCCUGUUUAUUUGGUAGGAGAGUUGAACAAUUGCCAGGCAUGUUGUUAAAAAACUGUGGCUUUUAUCAGUUCUUGGAUGUUCUCUUCCUGUCUUGAUGGUUAGCUGAUAUUUUCUUUUUCCUUAUCAUACACAUAUCUUGUAUCAUUGAGAUCUACUGGUGAUAACGUCUUUGUUCAUCUCUUUUCUUUUGGAUAGUUAGUAAGUUUCUGUUCUGCAGGAUCCUGUAUAUUGAGCAAAGUUAAAGAAGCAAUAGAGGGAUGGUGUAGAUGUUUUUGCUGCACCCGGUAAAGCAAGUUAAAGAAGUUCCAGUGAUUUCUAGCUCCGAAAAAAUUGAGAUUAUAGACAAAUGGAAGGAGCGACCAUGCCAGUCUUUGCUCCCCAACUCGUCUCUGCUCGUAUAUUUGGGGGAAUUAUUUGGUUGCUUGGUAUGGGAAAGACUUGUUUAUUAGAUUGAAGAAAUGUGUUAAAGGAAGAAAUUGCGAACUGAUAUAAAUGCAAAGUUUCUUUUCUGUUCCAAGAAUUGUUUGGCAUGGAUGAAACUGUUCUUUUCUCUUUUGUUGUCCUCCUUGCAUUCAUGAACAGAACCUUAUUGUUAUAAUGUUAUUGAUGAGUUGAAUUA